AUGACAGUCGCUCCGAAACAGCCGGAUCCUGUCUCCGAAGAAGACUCUGUACAUACGCCCAAUAACGCGAACAACAUUCAUGAUGGAGCGGCAAUAAAAAAACAGCCCAGCCGGAAAAAAUGGUUCAUAAUUGGUGCAGUUGUGUUCUUAAUAGUGCUAGUACUGAGCUUGACGCUGGGGCUGUAUUACGGACUCAAAAAGGGGAAAAGCUCAGAUGACGAUAAAGAAGAACCCGCAAAGAAGAGAGAAGGUCCCUCCGUGGACCUGGGUUACUCCAGAUAUCAAGGCAAUGUCCUCGAGAGCAACAUUCACGAGUAUCUCGGCAUACGCUAUGCAAAAGCCCCAACGGGGGAUCUUCGAUGGAAAGCACCUGAAGAACCCGGGUCCACAAGCGGAACGCUAAAGGCUCAAGAGUACGCCCCUUACUGUCCAGGGGUCAACGACGGCCUCAGCUCGCGCAUUGACGAAGACUGUCUAUUCGCCAACAUAUGGACUCCUGCAAAUGCAACCUCUGACUCAAAACUCCCCGUCAUGGUCUUCUUCCAAUCAGGUGGCUACAUUAGGAACGCUUCUCCCUACGUGAACGGCACACAGCUCGUCUCGGCCUCAAACAACAACAUCAUCUUUGUAAACUUCAACUACCGUGUUGGCAUGUUUGGGUUCCUCGCUUCCAAAGAGGUCAAGGAAGAUGGCGACCUCAACGCAGGGCUGCUGGAUCAGAGAUUCCUCCUCAAAUGGAUUCAGAAACACAUCGAGGAGUUUGGCGGUGAUCCUGAGCAUGUCAUCCUCCAUGGCGAAUCUGCCGGUGCCGGAUCUGUGGCGCUUCAACUCGUUGCAUAUGGUGGAAAAGACGACGGUCUUUUUGCUGGCGCCAUUGCUGAGUCGACAUUCAUGCCUGGUCUCCCGAGCCCGGACGAUCUACAGUAUCAGUAUGAUCGAGUUGUCAACGCCACAGACUGUGCGGAUGCCGACGACACGUUGAAGUGCCUCCGCGGAAUCAAGUCGGCAGACCUUCAAUCCCAUAACGCAAAGGCUCCUUUCGACGGCCGUACUUAUCGGUCCUACUUCUACUGGGCGCCCACUACCGAUGGUGACAUGUUUCCAGACUUGCCUUCUAAGCUCUACGAGAAGGGCGAAUUCGUCAGGGUGCCACUGCUAUCGGGCUCUUGUACAAAUGAGGGAUCCAACUAUGCCGUCAACGCAGGCAGCUCAGAUCAGUUCAUACGCUACAUGCAAAAUGAAUACCCCUAUUUGACCACAGAUGAUACCAAGACCAUUCUCGACCUCUAUCCACAAGAGCCCAAGAUCGCAAAACACGAUACUUGGUUCCCCUCAGCCUCGCGUGCAUACGGCGAAGCAACCUUCAUAUGCCCUACAAACAACAUCCUCAACGCCUUCGCUGAGCACGCCGACCCCAAGACCAUCUGGUCCUAUCGCUACAAUGUCGCCAUUGAAGAGUUCACCAACGACGGCUAUGGCGUUCCCCAUGUCUCCAAUGCGCCCGCCGUCUUUGGCCCUGAUAUGACUGCUGCCAAAGCUGGGCCCAGCUAUCGCACUUACAACGCGCCCAUGAUCCCUAUUGUCCAGAACUACUGGAUCAGUUUUGCCCGUAGCUUCGACCCAAACACUCACCGUGACGACGAUGCUCCUCGAUGGGAGAACUGGGGUGAUGACCAGCGGCGUCUAGUUUUUGAGUUGAACAACAACACCAUGGAGAGUGUGGACAAGGGCCAACGGGAGCGAUGCGAGGCCUGGUUAGAUAUGAGUGGCUCAACCAAGCAGUAA